AUGACCCCUAAAUUAUAUAAAGAAGAGGAGGAAUUGAUUGCAAAGGCCCUCAAGCAUUAUGGUGAGGUUGAGUGCUGGUUUAUUGACCUCGAGCUCGCUAUACAACAAUACAAAAUUCGCCCUCAAAAUCUGUGGAACUUCGACGAGACCGGAUUCAUUGUUGGACAAGGAAAAGAUGAAGCGGUGGUAACAGCAUAUCCAAAAACAUCAAAAAGGGUAUCUAGCCUGUCCUCUCGAGAAUCAAUUACUGUCAUUGAGGGUAUAAAUGCCGAAGGAAAGAUUAUACCACCUUUAUUGAUUCCAAAAGGCAAGGUCCAUUUGGAGGAAUGGUACCGGCAUAUAAAAGAUGAUGACUGGCUAGUUGCACCUGCUUUGAAUGGAUUUAUCACAGAUAAGAUCGCAUUCAAAUGGCUUCAACACUUUGACCACUUCUCUAGGCCUGGGGCCUUCCCGGAUUGGCGCGAGGCGGAUGACACUAUUCCCAGCUCACCAACUACAAAAUCAAUAUCUCCACCAUCAACGGCCGUAAAACUACGUCGCUAUGUCAAUAAGAUUGAAAAAUCGAUUGACAGUAUAAAGGAUAUUCUUGACGAAGUAAGCCCAGGCCUUUCACGCCGUAUAAAAGUAGUUAAUCAAGGCAGUCUCACCUUGGCCAAAUUAGGCGAUCUACACCGUGAGAGCUUUGCCAAGGUUCGUGAUAUAGCAACGCGCAAGAAUCAAAAAACUACAAAGCGCCAAGUCAAAGCGAGUGGUGCACUCUAUGUAAAAGAUGCGAAUCGCCUCAUAAAACGCCAUCAUGAUGGGGAUUUGUUGAAAAUCUAUAAGAGCCAUGUCGUUGGCGUGCCGCAGCCAAUGGAAGAAGUGGCUUCAACAGAGCCUCAAAACAGCGGGUUUUUCUUUGAUACUCAGGGAGAUAGGUGA